AUGGUUGAUUAUCAUUUAGUAAUACUUGUCCACGGAAUUUGGGGUAAUUCGUCACAUCUAGCCUAUAUUGAAAAACAGUUCAAUGAGCACUUUGAAGCUACCACCACAACCACUAAGGGAGAUAAUAUUCUUGUAUACAAGACCACGACCCAUGCCGGAUACCUUACAUACGAUGGAAUUGAUAUCAAUGGCAAAAGGAUAAGUGACGAAAUACUUGAACAAACACAACUCAUUAGUGACAGCGGCAAUAAGGUUGUUAAAUUUUCCAUUAUUGGGUACUCAAUGGGUGGGUUAUUGGCAAGGUAUGCCAUUGGACUAUUAGAUGCUCUGGGCUAUUUCAACCACAUUGAACCAAUUAAUUACAUUACCAUUUGCACCCCGCAUAUAGGUGUUCUGAAUCCACAGACCCACAACUUGUCUGUACGUAUUUACAACAAAGUGGCUCCAUAUAUGUUAUUGAUUACAGGCUCGCAAUUCUUCCUCAAGGACAAAGUCGGCAAAGACCAAAAGCCGUUGAUUGUUUGGAUGGCCGAUCCAAAGUCAAAGUUUUACGCCAUAUUGAAGAAGUUCAAAUAUAGGUCGCUAUAUGCAAAUGUAUUAAACGAUAAGAGGUGUUCUUGGUUUACUUCAUUUAUAUCAAGUGAAGACCCAGUAAACUCAAUGUAUAAUAGAAUAGCUGAAAACAUAAAAUGCGAUUAUAUUAAAGGGUAUGAGCCAACAAUUAUAGAUUAUUCAAAGCCAUUACAUUAUCAGAAACAAGAUCAAGUAGCAGCAGCAGGAGGAAAAGGAAAAGGAGGAGGAGGAGGAGUAGCUGUAAAUGAGAAACCAAACUAUAGUUGGUUUUGGAAGAGUUUGAGAUGGCUCAAAAUAAUCAGUUCAGUUAUUGUGUAUACGCCAUUUUGGGCACUAUCGUUUAUUAUAUCCACGAUUGUUCAAAGAAUCAAAAUGACGGUAAGAUUACGUAAAUAUAACAAAGAUUUGGAUCUAUCUAACAAGUUAGCAAACCUUUACGAGUACCACGAGGAAACAUCACUCUUGACCAACUUUUCGAAUAAGUUGGAAGACGAACAAGAAACAUUGGUUGAAGAUAUGUAUGAUGCCAUGAGCUGGAGAGCGUCGCAUUCUGCAAAAUUCCCCAAAAUUAAAUUAAGCGAACUGCAGAAGUACGCAGUAGACAAAUUGAACACACUUUCGUGGAAUAAAUACCCAAUUAUUAUAAGACAUACUCCUGCGACACACGCAGCAGCAGUAGUGAGACAUCCUGACCCUACUUUUGACGAAGGAAAAGUGGUUGUGGAGCACCUUUUACACGAAACUUUUAGAUUAGAAUAG